AUGGAAAUAGUGGAAUUAAACGCCCUCUUAGCGGACUUCAACCAGACGAAGAAAAAUCUUGAUAUUGGACCGGUGCUCUCCUCUCCGGACCUGCAGAUCCUCAAAGUGGGCACACCCGAGCUGAAUGAUUUCAUCCUGGGUCAAAACCCGCUGUCUACACCCACGCCCUCGCAGGGGAAUCCAAAUGCCAUCCUGUUUCCGCGCUCGGUCACCGAGGAGCAGGAGAACUUCUCCGCUGGCUUCGUCAACGCGUUGAACAAUCUGCACAACAGCAGUUCACAAGCGUCGACGUCAGACUCAAAUAGUACUGUGUAUACAGACAUGGAGCAGCCAGCGGGCGGCGGUUUUGUCCCGACCAUCAUCAAGGAGGAGCCGCAGACUGUGCCCAACACGCAGUCCAGUCCGCCGAUGUCUCCCGUCGAUAUGGAGCAUCAGGAACGCAUUAAGUUGGAGCGCAAGCGAAUGCGCAAUCGUCUCGCGGCGAGCAAGUGCCGCAGCCGCAAACUCGAACGCAUAUCGAAGCUGGAGGAUAAGGUGAAGCUGCUGAAGGCGGAGAAUACGGAUCUUGCCGGUAUGAUCACGCAGAUGCGCGACCAGGUGAACUCGUUGAAGGUGGAGGUGCUCGAGCACGUCAACCAGGGCUGUGAGAUCAUUUUGUAAGCUGUGUUUGUCUGCCCGCAGCCGCAAUUUUUACCAUUACAUUUUAGAUUAACACAGAAGCAAUAUUUUAUAAGAGUAAAUGCUAUGAAUGCAACGACGCUUCAA